UCUUUUUUUUUGCAAUUUUUUAACUGCCUACAACUCUCCACGCUAAUUCGGGUCGUCGGAAUGAAGACUUGUAUAACGGCUGAACUGGCUGGCAACCGAAGCUUUUUUCGCAGUUCAUGAUAGCUGCGCGAAGAUUGAUGAGCUAUUUCACUGUUCAACAUUCCCAGGGCAGCUCUACCAGCGAUAUUUCCUCCACUCCAAGCAAUGCACCGUCCUUGAAGCCAAGCAAUAGUCGUAGAAGGCUCGUCAAGAGGCGACCUAGUGGUCCUAUCGAACUCUUUCCCUUUCCGACCGUUGAGGAUAACUCACCGUCCCAUGUCGUCCUUAUCACUGGAACUCCCUCGUCUUCCUUGCCAGACGGAACCAGUGCAGCAGCCAGUGCAUCCGUCAGGGAAAAGAAACCGUCCAAGACCUCUGUCUGGAAAAAGGCCCUUCCCUUCUACGGCACCUCCAAACGUUUCGAGCUGCCAAUUCAAGAGCCUCCACCUUCGGAGGUCAGCCAGACUCCGCUGGAACAUCUCAACGCAGUGGUGGACAUAUCCCCGCAACAACCAUCCCUGAGUCGUCGUUCACUCCAUAGCACCAUUGAACGGCCUUCUACUGCGCCUAGUGCUUGGCGUGCCCCCAGUGGGGACGCUGGAGCUGGGGUAAUGCAGCCAACUCUCAAGAGUACGAUCAGCAACCCACGGCCUCCGAUAAGUCGCUCCAGGUCGUAUGAAGCUCUUCCAGAAGCAGCACGUGGACCAGAUCGAGUCCCACUCAUCUUCUCUCGAACAGCUGGAACGCAAGGACUCAGUCAGCCAUCUGUCAAAGCACUGAACGAAUUCUCCACCCUUGAUAGUUUCCCCAUGCCACCCACCAGCAUUGUAAAAUUUCCCGUCCACCCUUCAAAAACCGUGCCCGCACUGCAACGGCCGCAUACUGCACCGUUGAAUCAUACUAGCGUGACGACAAACAAGAAUCCUAUGGUCGAAAAACCUCACCAGUGUCCGAGACCUCUAAAGAGCUCGCUGAAGAGGUCCCCGGACGCGCCUCCCGGCUCUUCGGCCGGAAGAGCUUCCCCAAUAGGUGGGCACGCCGCCACUUAAGCGUGUUUGUAUCUCAUAUUUCUUUACCAGAUCAUGGCUUUGUGAACGCUACGCUUGUGAAGAAUAAUAAUGAAUCGAGUACUGUACAGAAUGUUCCUUCUGAGCUGAGAGAUGUGAAUCGCCCCUCCCUGUUAAGCCGUUCUAGAUCGGAUUCCUUGACUUCG